CAUCUUAGAGUAACCAUGCGGCAAGCAAGCAGCUGUUGCACCUAUCCGCACGGCAGUAAAUCCCCGCCUCUCCCUCCGUCUGAUAGAUAGAUGGAUGCGUUUGGAUUCCCUUUUAGUUUCCCGAGACGAGCAAAUCGAGCAGAAAACGCCUCACUUAAAGGCACACUCCACUCCCCUAGGAGUAAAUGAUGGACGUACUUACCUUCGGUGUUAUCGUAGGCAUAAUCGUGCUCUUCUUCUGCGCUGUCUGCUUCGUCACUCUCGAAGGCACCUGCAAACGCCGCUCUACUUAAAAACAAAACAACAAAAUACUCCUAAACAAAAUACUCCCCUCCUAAAACACCAAUGGUGACGCGCAGUCCCCAGAUCCGGCCCUUCUUGUUGCUUGUGACCGUUUUGGUAAUCAGUUUCGGAUCCGAUCCGAGUUUCGGUCACGAAGGCCACCACCACCACUCUGGAUCCUGUACGUCUCCGGUCCACGAGGAGGUCAAUGAACCUCACGCUCAUCACAACUGUGACCACGGCCACGAUCACCACCACCACCGCGACACCCGCCACGAUCAUGUGGUCGGGUCGAAGAAUAUGCUUCCGGAAGAAUUGGCUGAGGAGGAGGAUCUGGAACUCUACGGGUUUGGGUCCCACCACGGCCACGGCCACGUUCACCGUCACGACCAUCAUGGUUCUUCGGAGCUCUCUGGCGUCGGUCUUUGGAUUCAUGCCAUGGGGUGCUCGCUGUUGGUGAGCAUGGCUUCCCUCAUUUGUUUGAUAAUUUUGCCUUUAAUAUUUAUACAAGGGAAACCAUCGAAGGCAGUUGUUGAUUCGUUGGCUCUAUUUGGGGCGGGAGCUAUGUUAGGGGAUGCUUUUCUUCACCAAUUACCACAUGCUUUUGGUGGUGAACACUCUCAUUCCCACGACAUUGAGGACUGCGGUCAUUCUCAUGUUCAUGUUGGAGUUGAACCUUCACAUUCUCAUUCCUUGAAAGAUCUUUCUGUUGGAUUGUCCGUGUUGGCUGGAAUUGUACUUUUUCUUGUUGUGGAGAAAAUCGUGAGGUAUGUUGAAGAAAAUUCCAGAGGAGCCAGUCAGUGGACCCACAGUCACCGUCACCAUCACCAUCAUGAGAGUAGUAAAAAGUUGAAGGAUGACGAUGAUGAGAAUAUGCAGAAGCCCCACACUGAGAAGAAUGGAAGUACAUCAGAAAUGUCAUCUGAAGAAAAGUUAUUAGACAGAGGGUCUGAUGAGUGUGUAACUGGUGAAAAGCAAAGUCAGUCUGAAUUUCUUCGUAAGAGAAAUACUAGCACUGGUGCUGGAGAAGAUAAACCUAUUGCAGAUGCUCCAAAUGGUUCCGCUGAGAGAAAUAACUUGGUGGACAGAGAAGAACCUUCUCAUUCCUCGUCAAAUCUUGUGUUUGGUUAUCUUAACCUCUUCUCUGACGGUGUACACAAUUUUACUGAUGGGAUGGCUUUGGGAAGUGCUUUCCUCCUUUAUGGAUCUGUUGGUGGGUGGUCGAGAACUCUGUUUCUCCUCGCACAUGAGCUCCCUCAAGAGAUAGGAGAUUUUGGAAUCUUGGUAAGGUCUGGUUUCAGCGUCUCAAGAGCUCUCUUUUUCAACUUCCUCUCAGCAUUGCUGGCACUAGCUGGAACAGCAGUGGCGUUAUCGAUGGGACAAGAUCCAGGACAAUCAUCAUUAAUUGAGGGAUUCACAGCAGGCGGGUUUGUUUACAUAGCAGUUGCUGGAGUGCUUGCAGAAAUGAACAAUGGCAGCACAACGAUAAAAAACACAGCGAUCCAAGUAACCUCGCUCUUAUUGGGCAUGUCUGUUGCCCUUUGUAUAUCACUUGUUGAAUGAAAGCGCUAUCAAAUCUUUGUGUCUAAAUUUGUAGUUACAGCUUACAGGGAUCAAUGUGAUUUAGGUUGACUAUUCACUGUCCUUUUUUGUUAUAAGAUAAAAUCUGUUUCUCUCCC